CUCCUCUCUUGUAAUCCUCUUGCCUCUCUCCUCUCAUCUUCUUUUCUCUCACCUCUAAUCACCUCUUAUUAUCGCUGUAUCCAUGGCUCGUCCACGCUGCUAUUUUGAUAUUACUAUCGCCGGUCAACCCGCAGGCAGGAUCAUCUUCGAGCUCUACGCAGACAAGGUCCCUCGCACUGCGGAGAACUUUCGCGCUCUCUGUACAGGCGAGAAGGGCAUCGGUCAGGCAGGAAAGCCCCUCCAUUAUGCUGGGUGCUCUUUCCAUCGUGUCAUCAAGGGCUUCAUGAUCCAGGGGGGUGACUUUACUGCUGGGAAUGGGACUGGCGGCGAGUCUAUCUACGGCGAGCGCUUCGAAGAUGAGGCUUUCCCCGUGAAGCAUGAGAAGCCCUUCCUCCUCUCCAUGGCCAAUGCUGGCCAGAAUACCAACGGAUCCCAGUUCUUCAUCACUUGUGCACCUACGCCUCACCUCGACGGCAAACAUGUCGUUUUCGGAGAGGUCAUCAAGGGAAAGAGCGUCGUCCGUAAGAUCGAGAAUACCCCUACUGGACUAGGCGACGUCCCUACCGGUGCCGUCGUCAUCGCCGCCUGCGGAGAACUCUCUCCAGGCAGCGACGAAGCUCCCGUUGUUACCGUCACUGGUCCCGCCGCUGCGGACCACUACGAAGAUUACCCGGACGAUGAGGCGGAUGCGGCUGUACAAGACCCAAAGGUUACUAUGGAAAUCGCGACUGAGUUGAAGAAUAUCGCAGGGUUGCUCUUUAAGGCUCAGAAGUUCGAUGAGGCGCUAGACAAGUAUCAGAAGGCGCUGCGGUACCUUGAUGUACAUCCUGUUCUCCCAGAAGAUGUCAGUCCGGAGAUCAAGAGCGCCUGGCCAACCGUCCUCGUUCCUAUCCUCCUCAAUAUCGCCCUCGCUGGUGUACGCGUUGCCACACCUUUGUCUCGCCAACUCACGAUCAGUAGCGCAACCCGCGCACUCAACGUUCCUAACCUGACACUUGCUGAUCAAGGGAAGGCUCUGUACCGUCGUGCGCUGGCGCACGUUGCUACUGGAGAUGAUGAGCUGGCGGAGCAGGAUCUGAAGGAGGCAGCAUCCAGGGUACCAGGAGACGCUGCGAUCAAGGUCGAGAAAGAGAAGCUGGAGCAGCGACGCAAGCAGAAGCGUGAGAAAGAGAAGAAGGCGUACAAGUCUCUCUUCUCGAUGUAGAUGUAACGACCACUUUUAGUCUACGAGUCACGUCUUACAACUGUAUCGAAGAAUGUCAUUAGGGGGCUCCUCCACGCCUCCGCAUGUUCCCCUGCCUCGCUUGACAUGUGACGAUCAGAUACAGAACUGCGCACAGCUUCGUCAAUCAUACGAAUCUGUUGAGAUUCGCUGGCUGUCACGCCAAAUUGGCUGCGCAGAUCUUCUUGAGUAAGUGUAAUCCCUGUUCGUUGUUGGUAUGUCUCGUUUGACUCGGAUGCGAGGAAUGAAUCGUCCGGU